AUGUCAAUAAUCAAUUUAGAUGAGAAAGAAUAAAAUCAUAAAUAAGAAAUCAAAGAAUCACAAGAUAUUUAAAUUGAAAUCAUUACUUUUGAUUUACAUGAUUACACAUACUAUAUUAUUAAGGGAAAGGAUAAAUUGGAUUCUUUAAAGUCUAUAGAAGAUAUAUGCAAAAAUAACUUUAUUUAUCAAUAUAAAGAAUUCACAUCUUUAGGAGAUUUAUUAUUAUUAAGUGGCCAGGAUAUUUUAUUCCAAGUUUUCUUGGAAAAAUUUUUUUCAAAGGCAAAUGAUAUAAAGACAGCAUUAAAACGAUUAAGAUUCUUAAAAUAAUUCUGUCAUAAAUCAAAACAUUGCAAAUUAUGA